AUGCGGUACGCUAUGUUAGUACCGUCACGUUGGUUUCUGCUACUCAUCAGUCUGAUAUGUCUCAAUUGUAACGGCUUAGUAAAUGCAAAAGAGUUUCAGAAUGCGUUAGAUCAAACGGGAGUGAAGGUGGCGAGUCCUGUUUCUGAAAGGGCUUUUCUCGAUACAGUAUUUGGUGUCAUUCUGAUAAUUUGGUACAUUGUUGUCAUACUAUUGGGAUAUAGUGGUUGGGUAGAGAUCGAGCGUAAGUUUUCUCAAGUGAAGGAAUUACCUGAAGAAGAUCUAGCUAAACUUGAACCCGUUAGUAUUCUACGUCCUUGUAAAGGUGUGGAUUCUGAGAUGGUUGCAUGCUUGGAAUCAUGUAUCAAUCAAGAUUAUCCUAAACAUUUGUUUGAAGUAAUAUUUUGUGUGGAAAGCAGUACCGAUUCUAGCAUUGCAAUCAUCCAAAAGAUUCUGGCAAAACAUCCAGACCAUAAUUUGAGCUUAUUGAUAGGUGACAAAGAUUACUUUGGACCGAAUCCCAAGAUUAAUAACUUGUCAAAGGGAUAUCGGAUGGCAAAAUAUGAUAUCGUUUGGGUAUUAGAUUCAAAUGUUUGGUGUUCUCCUGGAACUCUGGCAAGAAGUGUCUCAAGUCUCACAAAAUCGUUAGAUAAUGGGAUACGCACGAGUAAACCGGUAGUACUGACACAUCAUGUCCCACUGGGCAUCAGCAUUAACUCUGAAUCCGUUAGUGGGCGGCUUGAUGAGAUGUUUCUAUUUUCAAGUCAUGCCAAAUUUUACGUUGCAUUCAAUUACGUUAGCAUUGCUCCAUGUGUUAACGGUAAAAGUAACCUAUACAGAAGAUCUAAUUUGGAGAAAGCUGUUCAAAUGAUUGGAGACAGUACUAGACAUAGUGGGAUGUUUGAUAACGGUAAUAUUCAAAAGUUUGCAAGGGAAACGAUGCAUAAACGGAAUGAUUCAUCAUUCUUUCCUAAUAAAAUUACUAGAGUCAUGUUUAACCAGUCAAAUAGCCAUCUGAUUACCGAAGAAAUAUCUGGUGCUGAACAAAAUAAAUUCCAUGCUAUUGAAUUUUUCAGUACGUACAUCGGUGAAGAUAACAUGAUCGGAACAGCGUUAUGGGACAUGCUACAAGGAAGAACAGGAAUGACUAGAGACGUGGUGAUACAACCGCUGAAAUUCGGCUCAAGUGAUGAUAGCUGGCACAGUUAUAUUACUAGAAGAGUGCGUUGGCUACGUGUAAGAAAAUACAUGGUUCUAGCAGCCACACUGUUAGAACCCACUACGGAGAGUAUUCUUAUCGGUACAAUGGGAUUAUUUGGGUUAACAAGAUUGCUUCCGGGCUCUGUUUCUUUCUGGAAGGCGUUUAUCAUUCACAUGUUCCUCUGGUGUCUUUCUGACUGGAUUCAAUAUCGUACGCUGUGUCAAAACACUGUUAAUGACAACGUCAUGAACAGAAGCAGUAUUUUCUCUGAUCCAGGUUACACCUAUCCUUUUUUCACUCCAGGAUUACAUCCUAGAUCAUUUACUGACUGGAUUGGAACGUGGAUACUAAGAGAGUGUUUGGCUUUACCAGUAUGGAUCAAUGCAAUGUGCGGAUCAGUAAUACAAUGGAGAAAUAGACCGUUCAGAAUCAAGCCAGACUUGACAGCAGAAGAGUUGUAA